AGAACGUAGACCUAGAACACUAAUUCUGUUAUUAUAUUAAAAAAAACACAAUUACCAGAAACAAAUGAGCAAGAAACAAACCUGAAAAGAUAUUGAUUGUCCACAAGGAAAUUUCCAACUAUGAUGGCAGCUCGUAAUUUUAUGGCCAAGUUGAUUUUAUGUCUGACUUUACAAGGUGUAAUAGUUUCACCGAUGAGCCUUGGUCUUGAUCGUCAACGACAGUUCAUUCAACAAUCCAUUGAAAGUACGGUUUCCAAUGCAUACGAUCCAUUCAUUAGACCUUACCAACAACUCAAAGCCGACAAAGCUGAAAACCCUUCGACCGAAUCCGCGCCGAACGAAAAACCCCCAAGCGAAACUUCGCCGAAUGAAGAACCCUCCAGCGAAACUAAGCCCAAUGAAAAACCCUCCAGCGAAGCUAAGCCGAAUGAAAAACCCUCCAGCGAAACUAAGCCGAACGAAAAACCCUCCAGCGAAAGUACGCCGAAUGAAAAACCCUCCAGCGAAACUACGCCGAAUGAAAAACCUAAUUCAGAGGGGGAAAAGAACAAAAUGGGAAGUUUUAAGAUUGAUGAUGGAGAUGUCAUUGGUGGCGGAAUAUAUGAAAUUAAACCAGAUGGCAUGGUUGCCAUGGAUAUCAAACUCAAGAUUAGUCCUGGAGCCUCCUCCCCUGCGCUAUGUCCAGCCCCGCCUUGUCCAUCAGAAGCUCCAAAAUCAAAAUCAACGAAAGCGCCCAUCAAUAUUGAAAACCCACCGACAACAGUAACCCCAGCACCAAUUGCGGUCACCGCGUCAGGUAAAAUACCGGAAGAAACUUUAUAUUCAAAGCCAGAAUCCAGUUCCAAAGAUGAACCAGUGUCCAGUCAAGUCAAUGUAGAGGGGCCGAAUGAACAUAAUACAGCCAAAACCUUCGAAGCUGCCAAGCAAGACGUAAAAGGAGAAUUUCCAAAAACUACUUCAAUGACCAUUAAGGAACAAGAGGUGAGCACUCUUCCUUCAAAGGAAAGUCUUACACCUAUUACCAAGGACGAAGAGAAAACAAAGGCUUCGUCUGGUGGGUUUGGUGAGUCUCGUAAAGCACUUGGUUCCAGUGGUGAAGGUGCUACGAGUUUAUUCAGUGAUGCUGCCCAAGCACGACUGAAAGCGAUUAAGCAAAAUCUUCGUCUGGGAAGUAAAAACCUGCCAGAAUUAAACAAACUACAAGCUGCCUUAUCUGAUGCUGCUACAGCAUGGGCCUUCAACUAUAGGAACGCGGAUUUGGGCAGAAGAAGUGAUUACAUGGCGAAACCUCGCCGCAUCUACUACACACAUCAGAACUAUGUUCCUAUGCAAUAAGAGCUUUUACUGGUAAGUCCGAGCGACGCAUUUCCAGUUGCAACUGCUCAAAAAAACCUCUAUAAAGCAAAGUUCUCUCAAUGUUUUAACCCUCGCCUGAAUCGAUCAACAAGACAACGAAUCCUUUAACGAAAAAAACUAACAAUAGAUCUUCGUUGAUUUUGGACCCUGAAGGCCUUCUCCCAUUCGAUUGAUGACGUACUUAAACCGUCUAUAAGGCUCAGGUCAAACGUCGAACUUCACAUGCAUGAGCCAAACCUAAUUACAUGAAAGAAGACCGCCUUGUUAUCAUUUGUUUACAUUAGGUUCGGUUCAUGAGAAGUUCGACUUUUGACCCGAGCCUAACAGCGCUAAUCUUCAACCAAGGGCCUUUGUCGUUCACGGCCGGGUUUCACAUGCAUAAUAUAUAUAUUAUAUAUAUCAACAUAUUUCCAAGAUGGCGUCUGUGCUUACUCAACCCAGUUUAUUCUCAACUUUGGAACGGCUAAUACAGUAUGAAGUCAUUUUGUUGCGAGAAAUGCCCCUGUUCCAGUGUCCUGGGAGAGUUAGACCGAGACUGUCCGGC